AUGUCUCGCAUCCUGCACGCCAACCGAACAAUGCAGCACAAGGCUCCCCCGAUCCUGCACAAGAUAGAGGGGCGCCGCACCGCGCUCACGAAGCCGCCGUCCGCGCGCGACCUCUACGGGGGCAAGUAUCCGCGCCUUGUGGGCGUGCCAGACAAGGAGGUCGCCGAGUUUCUCGACAACGACAUGCGUAACGACCGCUAUCCGGUCCUGUGGGUCGACGACAACCUGUACCGCAGCUACAAGGAGGACCUGUUCGACCGCCCCCGCAAGCUCAUGGACCCGGUGCUGGGCCACCUCCACCUCCAUCCGCGGUUUGCCUGGCUGCUGCCCUUCCUCAAGCCCCUGCCCCGUCUAGCGGUGGACGACAAGGCGCAGAAGUACAUCGACGAACACGUCCACGACUGGGCGGCAUACCUGUAUGAAGGCCAAAUCCCAUGCGACCGCUGCCUGUCCAUCGCCCAGAACCACCAAGACGAGCCAUGCCCGUGCUUCUUCGUCAACCUCGGCGGCGUGAACAAGAAGCAGGGUGUGCAGGCGUACAAGCUCAACUGCUAUCGCUGCGCGCAGGUCAACGAGGCGUGCACCUUCACCGUGGGGCAGGGCCAGAUUGUCUUCCGCAGGAUCCAGCUGUACGCGCGCUUCGUCAGUAACCCCACCCGCGACAUGUCACUGGAGCAAAUGGUCUGGUGGCCCGGCAUGGUGAAGGGCCCUGCGACGGAGGCGUCGCCUACGGUGCUUGAUAACCCCGAUGAGCGCCGUCGUCCGGCUAAGUGGGACGCGCCGAGCACCGCCCAGCCUGCCAGUGGCAUUGAGGAGCGCCGACGGAAGCGCCCCAAACGUGGAGCUGUCACUAGUGACGGCGGUGCCACGCACGUUCUGCCGUCCCUUUCUGGGGCCACUGACUUGCACAGCGCGCAUGUACAGGCCUCUGUCUCGGAUGGUGACAAUGGUCUUGACUCUGGCACCAUCCCGCAGCUGCAUGCGGAGGACCAGGCCAAGCGUGGCCAACGUGGGUCAUCAGACACUGCCUCGGGAGGCACCCAGCAAAAGCGUAAGCGUGAAUCCACUCCGCUGGAGGACGUUCGCAACGAGUCGGCCGCCACACGUGCGGACAACCCCAAGGCCGCCGUCAACCAGGUGGGGUCGCUCCUCAAGCUGGCCUCUGACUCAAAGUAG